AUGAGGGCUCCUGGGGACAGGCACUCGGCCGCUCAGAACUCGGAACCCGAUCCUGCUCGGAUACCACUGCUGGAACAAAGGGCCUCCGGGGUCCCAAGAUGGAACCCUCCCAUGGGUGAGUGCCCUUCAGUAUCGCCUCCUCCACCUCAUACGCCUCCUCAAUCUUACUUCCGAGGCCCCCGAGUUAUUCACACAGCUGUGUUCAGCGGUGUGCCUAUGCUGGCGACUCCCAUGCCCGUAAGCUACCUGUGUCCGUACUGCGGGAACUACAUCGUCACGGUGACCACCCCGAUCCCGGGGAUCCUCACCUGGUUGCUGUGUACAGGCCUCUUCAUGUUUGGGUGUGUCCUGGGCUGCUGCCUCUUCCCCUUCUGCGUGGACAGUUUAAUGGACGUGAGUCACACGUGUCCCGUGUGCCGGCGGGAACUCUUCCGCUACCAACGCCUGUGAACCUCCACGAAAUAAAUGUCUAAAAAGUGACCUUUCCCUGCCUGUGUCUGUGCUACUGGGGU